AUGGUCAGAACGAACACGCACUCCACAACAACAACAACAACCUCUUCAUCCACACCACUCUUACCAUCCACAACAAAGAAUAGCGCACUUCUUUCGGUUUUUGAUUCAUCGUCGUUAUCGUGGUCGUCGGCUCAUGACCCUCUCUAUGCUUCUGUAACAUCAUCACCGUUUUCAUCUUCAUUACCUUCUCCGAGUAUUAAUUCAUCAUUACCUUCACCAUCAACACCAACAUUCACAACAACAACAAUUAAUAGUAGUAGUGGUAGUGCUACCAUCAAGCCAGCUUUACCCGGACGCUCAAACUCUUCUCCCACAAAGACAUUUCCAAAAAAGUCUAACAAAGCUCCAAAGAACCUUCCUCCCAGCAAUAGCCACUCAACACCUACCAUCAAACAACACAAGAAGAAGAAGAAAAAGAAGAAUCAUUCCUCCAAACAUCUCCACGAUUAUACCUUCUCCUUUGAAGCCAUUCUCGACGAUGAAGAAACCCGACUCUGUCUUUUACUCUUCAUGCGUUCUCAGCACAACGAAGAAAGCCUUUUAUUCCUCGAGUAUUGCAAUGAGUAUUACCGAAAACGAUCCACCUUCAAUCGUUACACGUGUUUAAAGGAAAUUUACGAUCAUUUCUUUAAAGAGAAUGCAACUCAUGAGUUGAAUUUGCCACAAAGAGAACGUGAGAUGAUGAUCAUGGCAUAUAUGGACAUGCUCGAAGAGAUUGCUCAUCGGAAGAGAAUGAAAGAGGAAGAGCCUUCAAGUAUCAGUAGUGGAAACAAUUCCAACCCGAAUUCGAGUGAAGAGGUUACCCUCUCUUCUUUGGAUUAUUUGGAUUUGGGAGAAUGUGAAAGUGCCUUAAAAAAGGCUGAAAGCUACAUACUCGUUAAUAUUAAGGAACAUGUCAUGCCUCAAUUUAUUGAAUCGCCCAUGUUUCAGGACUUUAUUUCCACCAAGAGCAAAGCGUUUUUAAAUACGAUCGGAACAGCCAAGAAUUUAUCCCACAGCUGCUUUGUAGAAUCCUUAAUGGAGAUGAAGAAGUGUGAAAUGACUGUGGAUCAGGUAAGAAUGAUAAAGAAUCAUGUGUUGGAUGAAAAGAAUUGGAAUUUGGUUUUUCAAAAAGAGGAUUGCUAUGGAUACAUAUCUUCGAAUAGAUACAUUUUGGGUAGAGAAGAAGAAAAUAAUGAAGGAGUCUAUUUUGCCAAGUGUGAGGUCAUAUUUCCAUAUAGUUGUGACGCAGUCAUGAAUAUUAUCACCAAUGUAAAAGUACGACUUGAUAAUGACAAGAAUUUGCACUCCAUCAAAAGAAUUGGUUUCAGAAAUAAGAGUGGAGUGAUGAAUUAUACACACUCUGGAUCACUCUCUAAUGUAGACGAUAGUAGAGAGGAUAAUCUAGAUAGUGCUUCGUUCUCAAGUGACAGCGAAGAUAGUGACGAUGAUAGUGAUGACAGUGAUGAUCAUGACUAUUCCACUUCAUCCUCAUCAUCAACCCGUUCUAGCUCUUCUACGGGCGUAUCCGGAAAAACCAAACUUGCCACAGUAUUGACUCACGAAGUUUACAAAUUAGCCUGGCCUUUCAAGAAUAGAUAUUACAUUCUGGCACAAUCCAUGUUGCAUGACUCGACGGAUAACAUGUACAUUAUUGCCAAGAAAUCGUGUGAACCUCCAAAUUACAGUCCAAAAGAGACGAAUUGCCUUAAAGCCCUCAAUAUUGGUUGUUGGAUGUUUGCUCCUGUCAUUCGCGAAGGGAAUGUUGAACAUUGUAAAUACAUUCAAUUUGUUGGAACUGAUUUGAAAGGCUCAGUACCUUCGUGGCUCAUUGAGAAAAUUGUUAAGAAAAGAACCAAAAACUUUUAUCAAGACACAUUGAGAAUCAUUCAAAAAUCUGAAUCACUUUCUAAUACAAGACCUGAGGAUUCUUGUGGCUACUUUGAAACAUUGGCAGAAAAUGGAAGUAUUGCCCUGUGA